UGCGGGUACUGCCGGACUGACUCGGGGUCGCGGUUUUUCGCCCUGCGCGCACGCACUCUGUCAUGCAGCGAUUACCAGCUGCUGGUGGAUCGCGGCUGGCGGCGGUCCGGCUCGCUCCUGUACCUGACCGAUAUGAGCGACUCGUGCUGCCCGUACUACACAAUCCGCACGCGUGCACUGGAGUUCCAGCCCAGUAGUUCGGAUAGGAAAUUAGCACGGCGCUGGCGCAAUUACCUUGGUGUGCCCGUAGCCGACAAUCCGGACCGGAUGAUGUUCCGUGGCGGGCAGUUGCACUCACUGGAUGUGCGACUGGGGCCGGCCGAGUUCAGCGAAGAGAAAUACUGCGUGUUUGAGAAAUACCAGACCCAGGUGCAUCACGAGACGGAUACGACGCGGGCGGGGUUCCGCCGGUUCCUGUGCAACUCGCCACUGGAAAACAAGGAGCGGAUGGGGUCGUUCCACCAGUGCUACUAUAUUGACGGGCGGCUGAUGGGUGUGGGCGUGCUGGAUGUGCUGCCAAAGUGCAUCUCGUCGGUGUAUUUCUUCUACGACCCGGCGUUUGCGCACCUGUCGCCGGGCACGUACAGUGCGAUGCGCGAGCUCAUGCUGGCCAAGCAAAUGCACAUGCAUAUGCCGACGCUCCAGUACUACUAUAUGGGCUAUUUUAUCCCGUCGUGUCCAAAGAUGGCAUACAAGAAACACUGGCGGCCAGCAGAGCUCCUAGAUGUGACCACAUUCAAGUGGUUCCCCAUGGAAGACUGUCUGAGGCGCAUCGCCCAGCAU